AUGGAGCCCGUCGUGAAGGUGUACGGGCCGGCCAUGUCUUGGAACAUAGCCAGGGUCCUUGUGAGCCUGGAGGAGUCCGGCGUCAACUACGAGCUCGUCGCCGUCGACUUCGCCGCGGCCGAGCACAAGAGCCCCGCCCACCUCGGCAGGAACCCGUUCGGUCAGGUCCCAGUUUUGGAGGACGGUGACUUUUGCCUCUGGGCUCUCAUCACAUAUAUUGUCUAUGUCUAUGCAACAGAGUCGCGCGCAAUCACAAAAUAUAUAUGCCGAAAGUACAAACCUGAGCUCCUUGGGGUUGGCAAUCUCGAGGGAUCAGCAAUGGUCUAUGUGUGGCUGGAGGUGGAGGCCCACCAAUACCGUCCUCUCAUAGAGGCUAUUCUUAUGGAGGUCAGGAUCCGGCCAAUUUUCGGGCAAAGGGUUGAUGAGAGGGCCGUCGAGGAGAACAUUGAUAAGCUGAAGAAGGUGUUGGAUGUGUAUGAGUCCAGAUUGUCGAGCUCCAAGUACCUAGCUGGAGAUUUCAUCAGCCUCGCCGACCUCAACCAUGUCUCCACCAUGCUUUGCCUAGGGAUCACUAUAUACAUAUCGGUGCUCGACAUGUACCCGCAUGUAAGGGCCUGGUGGGAUGACCUGAAGGGCAGGCCAGCGGCGAGGAAGGUGUCGGAUCUAAUGCACAUGUCCGUGAAGAAUGAUCUAAAAUGAUUAUGUUGGCAACACCUAGCUCUUCCAUUAAUGU